AUGAGAAACCAUGAAUACGAUUUAUGCAAUCUUCCGGGAGACCUGUUUAGGGAAAUCUUGCUGAGGCUUCCAGUGAAGCUCCUCCUGCAGCUGAGGACCGUCUGCCGUUCAUGGAAUUCCUUCAUCUCCAGCCAUGAAUUCGUCAUGCACCACCAUCAACGCUCAACUCAACCUCGAUUAGUGUAUUGUAGUUUGGAAUCUGAUGGGCUUGACAUCAUGCAGUGCUCUGUAUCAUCUCUUCUUUAUAAUCAGCUUCAACCAACUAGAAUCGAGCCACUUCAGAUUAAAUACAAAACCAUUCAGGGAUCUUGCAACGGGUUGCUUUGCUUGUGUGAAGGUUUUCCCUAUAGAACUCUGACGUUGUUCAAUCCUUGUACUCGUUCCGUAUCCCUAAACGUUCCAUUCGAGUAUCCCGGCGGCGAUUAUCUACAACCUGUAUUUUGUGGCUUAGGGUAUGAUGCCCUACGUGACAAGUAUAAAUUUGUUACGGGUUCUAAGUCAUCCACUGUAGCUGCGGGUCUGUUUAGAUAUAGAGCUAAAGUUUGCACUUUCGAUCCAAAUCCUUCUUGGAAAACGGUUGAUCAUCCCAUGUUUCCAUAUUUUACAAGUUGUUAUAGCGGCACAUUUGUUAGUGGCACUCUCAAUUGGAUGGCGCAUGUUCCUGAUAACGAUAAUGAGUGGUUCAUUCUUACCUUUGACUUGGAAACAGAGUCCUUUGGUCGAUUAUGCCUACCUAGAAACAAUCACACUCACACUGGCUCCUGUGACUACGCCCCUUCCUUGCAAGUCCUCAAGAACUUCCUUUCUAUGAGUUUUCAACCUGCUUGUGAUAUCAACACUGCUUGCACUAUUUGGAUAAUGAAAGAUUAUGGGGUUGAAAAAUCUUGGACUAUAUUGUUUACGAUUCCAUUCGGCAAUGCAAUAAUCCGAUCAGACAUUUGGCUAGAACCCUUGUACAUCUCAGAAGAUGAAAUUCUUUUGGCGUAUGGUAAAUUCAACUGGAGCAACUUGCUUGUAUAUAAUUUUCGUAAAGGAGAAGUAGUUCAUCCUAUGGUUGAAAUUGAAGGCUCACGUGACCGUUCAACAAUUUAUCCCUUGUCUAAAUCCGUAUAUGAGAAGUAUUUUCAUGUUUAUCAUGAAAGUUUAGUUUCAUGUUUACCCUAA